UCAUCGAGGUAUCGUACAAGCUGCCAGUAACAAGCCGUAAGUCUCUCUUCUGGCCUAAUGACCGUGAGGAGUAGCUAUUACCUGUCGUGGCGUCGCAAGUCCAGAUCGUGGCAGAAACGAACUGUCGUCCUGGUCAUCACGCGAGGCAUACUCGUACCGUGCCUGCGUCUGAAGAUUGCGGGAGAGAACCCGCAAGGAGCGCACUUGCCAGGUGUGAACUCGCCAAGUAUGCGUGAGCCUCGAUAGCAUGGCUCCUGGUAGUCAGUAAAAUCAGCGCUCGUACCCGCUACUAUACAACUUUGCGACCUAGGGAGGUGAGAGUUCAAGAAAUAAUGACACAAUAUCGACAAUGGACACAGAAUGUCAUCACAAGGAACUUACGCUACACUGCCUAGCCGGAUCAGGUCUGCGUAAAUAACGUCAAACACCGUACUCCAAGCCUUUCCGAGUCGAUACAGAAACUUGGCUCCAGCUAUUGUGGAACUUGCAAGGAUGGACCAUCACAGCUCUCGCUCCUACAACCGUGAAAGAGAACAAAGUCACAGGAGCCCUUCACGUAGAGCGCCGGCAAGUGAUGGAGACCGUGCCAAAGACGAGAAGCGCACUUCUAGAAGGGACACUCCAGACGACCACAGGAAGCGGCGGCGCAGCCGGAGCCGGGAUCGUGACGAGGACCGCCCACGCCGACAAAGAGAGCGAAGUGAUAGUAGGGGCAGAGAUGAAGAUCGCAAGGAUAAGAAACGCAAGCGCGACAAGUCCGAGGAGCGCAGAGCCCGAAAAGCAGAGAAAAUGCGCAUAAAGGAAGAGGAAGAAGCUCGCCAGGUUGCUGAACUCAGUGUGUAUAGCGCAACCGAUAAUCCCUUCCACGACGUCAACCUUGGGCAGCAGUUCCGCUGGCACAAAAAGAAUGAGAAAGACCGUAAGCAAGGUCUGUCCCUUGCGGAGGCACAGCGUAAGGAUGCAAUUCGAAGGCAAGAGGCUAAGGAGGAGCUCGAGAGGUUGAACAGACGCAGAGCGGAAAGGGAAGCGGAGCAACGCCUGCGGGAGGAGGAAGAGUCGCGUAUGGCAAGAAUGGCGGAGUCUGCGCAGAUGUCGGAAUGGAUAGCGAAGGAUGGGGAGUUUCAGCUCGAGCAGGAGCGAAGUCGGGCUGCCAUUCGCAUACGAGAAAAGAGGGCAAAAGCUAUCGAUUUCUUGGCUUUGAACUUGAAGUAUGCGCAUCCGCUUGACGAAGAUCAUGACGAGGAUGAUGCCGGGCUCGAAAUCGACCUUGACGAACCAUACAACAUUCUCGACAAUCUUUCGCCUGACCAAAUUGACGAGCUUCAUGAUGAUAUUGAACGUUACCUCUCGCUUGAGACCUCUGAUGUGGACAUUGACUUCUGGACGAAUAUGAUGGUGGUAUGCAAAGAUCGUAUCGACAGAAUCAAAGCAAGUGAACGCAUGGGGGUAGAAGCAGCAGUGGCUGUCGAAACAGAAAUCACAGCACUUUUAUCGGGUAAAAGCUAUGAGCAUCUUGCAACGCUUCAAAAACAAAUCCAAGCAAAGCUGGCAAGCGGCGAACCUAUUGAUACGGACUACUGGGAAGGGCUGCUCAAGAAACUGCUCGUUUGGAAGGCAAAGGCAAAGUUGAAAAGCUUGCACGAAGUCGUUGUUCGCAAUCGGCUUGAGCAGUUACGGAAGCGCCAGCGCGACGAGGCUCUCCACGCACAGGAGGAGCUUCUGGCUGGUGUUGCUCGUUCAGCAACCCAAGGGCUGAAGGACGCGCAUUAUGUUGCACCUGCGACUACAGCGGAAGCAGACACCCUGGAGGAUAUGGAACCUUACGACAGGUCUAUGAGUCCACCACUGAUAGACAUCAGGAAGUUCUCGGAAGAUGAACGUGAGAUUGAUAUAGUGACAGAGCUUGACGACCUUCGUGCUUUGCUGAGACAACGCCGUACGGUCGCUGCCUCGCGCUUCGUGCCCAAGGCUGCUCAACCUAUGGUUGAAGUGGAAGCUCCAGAAAUUGCAAGCGGCGCUGACCUCGCGUCCGAAGCUUUGUACAGGGCUGAGGCAGAGAGAGAACUUGACGAGGAGGAGGAGCUCUUCAACCUCGAGGAGAAUAUUGCAAAUCCUACGUCAUACAACUGGGAGGACAAAUACCGACCUCGGAAACCCAGAUACUUCAACCGCGUGCAUACUGGCUACGAGUGGAAUAAGUACAAUCAGACUCACUACGACGUCGACAACCCACCUCCGAAGGUCGUUCAGGGCUAUAAAUUUAACAUCUUCUACCCGGAUCUGAUUGACAAAUCAAAAGCCCCUACGUACAAAAUCGUCAGGGAACCCGGGAAUGAGGACACCGUGCUGCUGCAUUUCAGCGCUGGGCCUCCAUAUGAAGACAUUGCUUUCAGGAUCGUCAACCGGGAGUGGGAGUUUUCACAUAAACGGGGCUUCCGAAGUAGUUUUGAUAGAGGAUGUCUGUCACUUUGGUUCAAUUUCCGUCGCAAUUUCUAUCGGAAGUAGACGAUCUCGAGCCUGUAGUGGCAUAUGUAUCGUUCCUGCAAUUUCCUUAAUUCCUCGGUGGACAAGUUUCCAAGAAGACGUUCGUAACAAACAGCCCUUUGUGAACUAUCUUCUUGGUCACAGCCACUACAACAAAACAACUUUUCUCGCUUGUGCAGCACGAACUAAUGGAGGUCCAACCAGUUGUCGACCUCGAGUUGUCUCUUUGCCACUUAAACUGUCUUUGUCCCGACGGGGUCAUUGCGCUUUCAGUGGAUGGAAUUUUUAGUCCACAAUCUCAUUGUGCUAA